UAUUGACUUGAAAAUUGGGAGAACAAGUAUUAGGGAUUAGAGAUUAAGUAUGCCUGUACUCAGACAAUAUUUCGCUGGCUUAGCAGCGGCAUUCGGAGCAUUUUGCUUGGGCGCCUCUAUUGGCUGGACAGGACCGAUGGAGACCCCGAUAAAAUCAGGAAAAGCUUACAAAUUUAGCGUAUCGGGAGACAGUUGGGGCUGGAUUAGUUCGAUGUUAACAUUUGGAGCUGCUUGCAUGUGCAUACCCGUGGGAAUAUUGAUUGCCAAAUUUGGACGAAGACUAAUCAUGCUCUACAUAUGUAUACCAUAUUUAAUUGGGUGGGGACUAAUUCUCGGUGCGCAACACUCGGCCAUGCUGUACCUAGGCAGAUUUAUCAUUGGCGCCUGCGGCGGCUCGUUUUGUGUUAUGGCACCCGUUUACACAACAGAAAUCGCCCAGCUCUCAGUACGCGGUGUGAUGGGCUGCUUCUUUCAACUACUGAUUGUGCAUGGCAUUCUCUACGGCUUUAUUGUGGGCGCCUACUGUGACCCACUCGUGGUCAACAUCCUGUGCACCAUCUUGCCACUGUUGUUUGUGUUAUUUAUGUUUUGGAUGCCAGAAUCGCCGGUGUUCCUUGCCCAACAGGGCGAGAUAGAGAAGGCAACGAAGGCAUUGAAGUGGUUGCGAGGCGAUAAUAUGGAUGUUGCCGGAGAAAUUACCACGAUGAUAGCAGAUUCGAAAAAGGAGACUGCCUCCUAUAAAGAAGCCUUCUCGCGUAAGGUCACACUCAAGGGUCUGGGUAUAGCAAUCGCACUCAUGCUAUUGCAGCAGUUGACAGGCAUCAACGCCAUUCUAUUCUACGUGACCACCAUUUUCAUUCAAGCUGGCACGAAUCUGAGCGCCAAUGUUAGUACGAUUAUCAUUGGCGUCGUCCAGGUGGUCGCCACGAUAGCUGCGAUAUUACUAAUAGAGAAAGCUGGCCGCAAACUGUUGCUGCUCAUCUCGGCAAUUGUGAUGGGUGCGACGACCCUAGUGAUGGGAUGUUAUUUUGAAUGGCUCAAAAAUAAGGAUGUUGGCUGGCUGCCAAUUUUAGCUAUAAGCUUAUUUAUAAUUGGAUUCUCGUUGGGCUUCGGCCCAGUGCCGUGGCUAAUUAUGGCCGAGCUGUUUUCAGAGGACGUGAAGCCGGUGUGCGGUGCAAUUGUUGGCACUUCCAGUUGGCUUUUUGCAUUCUGUGUGACCAAACUGUUUCCCAUCACAUUAGAUGCCAUCGGUCCUUCCUAUACCUUUUGGAUAUUUACAAUUUUCGCAAUAUUGGGCUGUGUAUUCGUGAUUUUUUUCGUCCCAGAAACAAAGAACAAGGCUCUGGAUGAUAUUCAAGCUAUACUCUCUGGUAAAUAAAUAUUGUUUAA